UUGGUGAUGAUGGCGCACAUGGUGUUAUGACAACCCCACUAGAUGUGUGCUGAAGAGGCAAUGUGUGGUAUUAUAGACUGGUUCACAUGGGGUCCUCUAGCAGAAGUGAGCGGCAGAGAGCAAUGUCUCACAACAAACACAUACUACAAUGGUAUUCUGCAGUUCUACUUGUUUGAAGCAACUGGUCAUUCAACGUGG